AUGCCAGUUUCUCGUGGAAAUCGUAAUGUUUCUAGCUGUACACCAAGCUUCUUGCUUGCCGUUAUUGCUCCACCAAUGAUCAUUCUCCUAGGCUAUUGCUACAUGUACCUGAUUUCUGGAUCGUACAGUAUCGAUGAGGGUCCUGCCAUCGCCACCAGUUCCACAACUUAUUCUCGAUACUUCGAGCUCAUAUUGCAUUUAAUCGCCCUUGGAUUCCUAUUUAUCACUCUUGGUAUCACAUCUCUGGACUUUUUGUGCCCCAAUCUUGCGUAUUUGGCACGGAUUGCGAAAGUCUCAGAUAAAGUUGCUGGGAUGACCUUGCUUGCGCUUGGGAAUUCUGCUCCAGAUCUACUUAGUACAUAUCUUUCGUUCCAUGGUGGUUUAACCACUUUGGCUUUAGGAGAAUUGUUAGGCCUGGCGUUUCUUUGCGUUAGUGUGGUAGUUGGGUUGAUGGGGAUAAUUCAACCAUUUUCUAUUGUGGAUGACCAGGUCUACGAGCAGGAAGAAAGAGAAGAAGAAGAAGCCCAACAAAAGAUAUUCCAAGAGGAAGAAGGAGAUGGUAUUUUAAAUGGAGUCGUAGAUAAUUUGGGUGCCACAGAUUCAAGUAUUUUACAAAAGGAUCACCUUGGAAAACAGAAACAGACCUGGAACAAUAUGAGAAAAAAGGAAUUUAUUUUGGAUCUCAUGCUCUUUAGUGUGUUUGUCGGAGCUGCCAUUUGGUUUAUUCUGGACGGUAAAUUGACAAUUAAUGAAUGCAUUUCUAUGGUAUUAGGCUACACCAUAUAUCUAGCUUAUCAAAUUUGGACUGCCGAUAAUAACCCUUUAGUUGAGGUGGGUGAAACUUUCCCCGAUAUUCCCACUGAUAUUCCCACUGACAUAAGGAUUGUAAAUUGUGGGGAUGAAUUAAUUAGUAUUUCUCCCCACUAUAGAGUUUCUGAGAAUAAUAAUGAAAUGAAAGAUGUUAUUCAUAAUAUUGAAUUACCAGAGUUGGAUACUAAUGUUAUGCAAGAACAAAUAUCAGACCAACCAACAAUUCAUACUCAGUUGAUAUCGGAUCUGUCGAAUGAAUCGUAUAAAGCUAUUGAAUCAAAUAGACCUCCGCUAGGACAAAAAUCCCAAAGCUUUAUUGACCCACAACCCCUAUUCCUUCCGCGCCCUUCUAUCACGAAAAUUAGUUCGGCUACCAACAUUCGACCAAAACAUCUACGAGUCAAUACAUCUGUAUCGUCUUAUGCCGCUAGCAGGAACGAUAACAUGUCAACAUCGCUCUCACCACUAACUGAUUCUAAUUAUGCAAGGAAUAGGUUGCUAAUAGAGGCCAGACUUUUAUCCAGGGAUCACAAACUACAGCAAUUGCCGAGAAAUUUGAGACUAUCCUAUAUUGACAUCCUUGCGUUAUCCCCAAAUUUGGGUACCAACAUACCAGACCACCGUUUUAGAGAUUCUAAUUCUGAUCUUGAUGGUUUACUGCCAAUAAGUUAUGGAAUGUUCAGCCAUAGUAGUGAAAGUUUUUCUCGUCGCAGCCCAAGUCCUCGCUGUUCACUUGUUGAUUUCAAUGACGAACAGGAAGAAGAAAGCAUAAAACCUAAUCAUAAAAGUGCAAGAGAUGGAGAACAGAGGAGAAGUUUUUUGUUGGAAAAUUUUGAUGACGGCAAUGGCGAAUCAAAUAAAUAUACUAGUGUUAAUGAAAUGUCAAAAGCUUCAAGCAAAGGAUUUACAACUCCAGAAAUAAAUGUUAUAUCGCCAUAUACUGAUGAAAGGAGGGAAGAAGACGAAGAAGAAGAUGAUGAUGAGGAAGAAGAAAAAGAAGAGGAAGAAAAUGAUGAAUUUCCAACGACAGUUAUGGAAUUUUUAUUGCCAUUCGUUCGUGUUCUCCAAAAAUCAGACCCAACUUACGAAGAACUUUGGUUGUUCCAGAAAUUUUUGACAGGUUAUCUUUUCUACAUUAAUAUCAUUCCAUUCUUUAUAUUGGCAGCUACGGUUCCAUGCUAUAAUCCCGAGAAUCAGAUCACCCCUAAUUAUGCGCUGGUUCAUCGGAAGGUUCUUAGAAUCCAGCUUGGAGUCACCCCUUGGUUGAUAGGGACAGGAGUGUGGGGAUCAAACUUUGGAAAGUAUGAAGUAUUGGGAAUGCUGUUUGUUUCUUUGAUUAAUGUUAUUUGUUUUUCAUUGUGGGUCAAUCAUGGUGAUAUGAAGGAACAAUGUCAAACUGAGAGGGAUUUGGAAGAUGGACUUAUGAAUAAUAAUGAUGUGAAGCGGGUUGAUAUUAGAGGACCUUCAUUGAUUUCUUCAAAAUUUUAUUGUGGUUUGACAUCGUUCCUUGGAUUCUUCAGCUCAAUCAUCUGGAUUUCUCAAGUGUCAGCGCUCGUUAUUCGAAUCUUGUCACGGAUAGGGGGAUUAUUUUCCAUCUCCCCUUCGCUAUUGGGGCUCACACUUUUUGCUCUCGGGAACUCUAUAGGGGACAUUGUUUCAAACAUUGCAUUUGCCAAUUUGGGGCUAGUAAUGACUGGUCUAGGAGCGUGCUUUGGGGGUCCUUUACUUUACAUCUUGAUUGGAAUCGGAGCCAAUGGUAUAAUAGUGAUGGCACAGCAAGGAGAAACUGAAAUGGUGUUUGAGGUGAGCCGUAGUUUGGUCAUCUCUGGCGGAGGGUUGUUUGUGGUUUUGAUAUUUUAUAUGAUUGCGGUUCCACUCAAUUGCUGGGUGGUGGAUCGUAAGAUUGGGAUAGUGGCAGUUGGGUGGUGGGGAGCUGUCACCUUUUACAAUGUUAUGUGUGAGAUAUGGUGA